GAACCUAUUAAAAAUAACGAUUCUCUAAGAGAAUUCAUUAUUUUGGUAGACCCACUAUGGAAACCCGCUAAAGAUAAUGAUUCUCUAAGAGAAUUUGUUAUUUUGACAAAACCACUAUGGGAGCCCACUAAAAAUAACGAUUCUCUAAGAGAAUUCAUUAUUUUGGCAGAACUAUUAUGA